AUUUCCAUCCGGGUGGGAGGAGAGAGUUCCUUUCCUUUCCCACUCGCGCGAGCUUUCCACCCUGAGGCUCUCUUUAUUGGGAGCAUGGGGUCGAUUCUCUCCCAGGCAAACAGCAGUGAUGCCAUUCAGGGAAGCCCCAAUGCAGGGACGCCUCAGCUUUGGGGGAAUCCUAAAGCUGCCACAGCCCAGGAGGAAGCGCGGCGGCAGCAGCAGCUCUUCUUAAUUAAAGGUGGAGUUUUUCUUUCUACUGUUGCUACUGCAGGAAUUCUAGCUGGUUUUGGUACCACACUUGCCAUGGCCAAAAAGAAAAAUCCUAACUGGUUCAGUAAGGGUGUAGUUGCUACAGCUGCUUUACCAGAGAGUGGCGCAUCACUUGCCUUACGAGCCUUAGGAUGGGGUUCAUUGUAUGCCUGGUGUGGAGUGGGACUGAUCAGUUUUGUUGCCUGGAAGGCUCUGGGCGUUCACAAUAUAAAUGAAUUUCGGGAAAAAAUUCAAUCUAUAUUUCCAUCAAUUCCCAAAAAUGCAGAGAACCCAGUUGAAUGGGAGGACAUACUGAAAUCCAAGUGACUGGCAUGUGGAGGCACUUAGAUCGAACCUUUGAAAUUGCUAAGGACUGGAGUACUGUAUGUAUGAAAAUGUGCUGCUGUGAAGACUGGGGAAGAAAGAAUCAUUGUCAGUUGGACAAUGAAGUCUUAGUUUACUCAAGCUAAAAUUUGCUCUUUUAUUGUGGUUAUUACCUCCAGUUGUGGUAUGAGCUAUAGCAAUGUCGAUAGGGUGAGGCUAGAAACCAGUAUGAAGAAGUGAGGUCACUGUUUCAGCUAAACAAAGGAAGCAAAUCUCAGUGGUAAAUCUCAGUGUUAUAGCUUUGCAUAUGUUCAUCUUCUGGAGUAGUGCAGAUCAAAGGCACAGGCUGCCACUCAGUUGUUUAUUUAGGGCAAAAGGCAUCUGUAAGGAGGUGAGCUGAUGGAUAAGUACACCUUCCUCCUAACAAUGGUGCUAUAAAGGCAGUUACAAGAAAUAAAAUACAAAUAAAUCAAAUGUCAACAUCUGCUGGCUGCAUUAGCACCAGCCACCAAAAGCCAAUAAAGAAUCAGUACAAGGGAUUUUAAAUCAAAAGGCAACCAGCUGAAAGAAUUAAAAGCGACCACAACCUUGCUAUAAGGAUGUGGGCUGAAAGGAAGCAAAAUCUGCUUCUUUGACCCAAGCAGUGACAAUCUCCUGCAUUGCAUUGACAGGGAGCAUCAAGCUAUUUUGUCUCCUGUCAAUCAAAGAGCAUACUGAAUUGAUAUAAAUGGGUGACAAGAGUUAAGGGUUCAUCUACUGACAACAGCAGAGAUGAAGAUUUUAAAAAAUCACCUCCCUACAACCCCUAGUCUCAUUUGUGUAAGUUGUGUGUGUGCUGGGAAAGUCCUAGGCUAAUUUCUGUAUGUUAUGCUGGAAAAAAAAAGGCAGCAAGCCUCCGCUAUAUAAUUCCUUAAAGAAGAUGAAACUGGCAUCUACCGUAAGUGUUAUACUUGAACCAUUUAUCUUGUCUUCUCCUGGGAGGGUAUUUCGAUCCCCUUAACAUUAUUAAAGAAGAAAAAAUAACUCUGCAAACAUUGUCUUUUCGAAGAUAUAAUGGUGAAAUUGUGAGCCAGUCCUUCAGAUGAGCUGAACCUUUUUCAUUUUUAAGAUGUAUUUAAUAGUCCCAAGUAGCUACAUAGAUGAAUUUCAGCUAAGAGAGGAAAUGAGAGUCAACACCAUGAAAAUGUUGAACCUGUAGUUCUAAAAGUACUGUUUCAAAUUAAUUCAGUUUAAGUAUUCCUGUGGAAAAAUGCAUUCUCCUUGAGGGAGCCUGGCAAGCAGCAGUUUUAAAAGAUUUUCCCUACAGGAUGGAAAGGAGGAAGUAGCCUAUGCCUUCCAGACGCAUCUCUUAAGGAAUGUUAAUGGGUCGUGCUACAGAUAAACGGAGGGGCCAGUUCACUCCCCCUCCUUCAAACAUGGAACAUAGAGGCUUGGAGGACUUUCUUCUGAAUAGGUUGCAGGAAGUGGCUUCCUAGAGACAACAGGAAAAGCAGCUUUGACCUGGGCUGACCAGGUUCAAGGGGGAGGAGACACUGGUUUGUUAAAACCACCUUGCAAGGAGGAGGCAGUCUCUUUUCUUUGGGAUGCUGAGCUGAAUCGAUCUCUUUGAGGGUAGGAACAGGCAGCCAAUUUUGGACCGUGAGUUUGGCCUGGAAGAGCUGGGAAAGGCUUUGAAGGAAGAUCUUUAGAGGAUUAGAACACCUAAGAUAUAAAGAGUCUGUUCUGAUUUUAAUGUCUCGUUAGGGGAUGAUUUAAAGAGAGGGACAGAGGUUUUGUGUUUUACUUUUCUUUUGUUCUUCCUUUCGUCUAUCUGGUGUGGUGUUAAAAAUAUGCUUGUAAACAUUUUUAAUAAAUACUUUAAACUUUU